AUGGUUUGUAUUAAAAAUGUGCAAUUUAUGCUAUUAAUAUCAUGUAUUAUGAUAUUAUUUGUGAAUUCGUCUCCUACUUCCAUGGGAAAUUCGAACGAAUAUUGCGAAGAACAAAGUUGCGACGGUAUAUGUAAAGUGGACUAUGCUUGUUAUACAUUUUGUAAAGGACAAACAAUAAUAGAUACUCAAAACUUACCAUAUCCACUCAACAGCACCUUGAUAAGCAAACUGAUUAAUAAAACUGGUCUUUGUCAUGGUUUUUGUAAAUUUGGAACAUGUUACUGCUUUCUUACAUCGGAUGAAAUUACUACACUUCUUUCCAACACUGGAGCCGAUGGCGUUGAUCCAACAGAUACAGUUGUUUCUACAGGUACGAAGAUAAAUGGUAAAAAUAUCAGUCCAACUACUAUCAUCUGUGGAAAUCCUACGAUGAGCAACUAA